AUGGCUUUGGAACUGAUAUCAGAAGCAAAUUCUACUAAUCUGGAACACGAUAAUUCUGAGCUGCCAAUAUCCAAACUUACUGAUUUUUACAUUGGUCGUCCUUUGGGAACUGGUAAAUUUGGCAAUGUCUUCCUUGCGCGAACCAAGAAGGAUGAUUUUAUAUGUGCAUUAAAGAUUAUUUUUAAAAAGCAACUUGUUAAAGGUGGCAUGGAACACCAAUUACGUCGUGAGAUUGAAAUUAUGUGUCAUUUAAGGCAUCCUCAUAUCCUUCAGCUGUACACAUAUUUUCAUGACAGUAACAAGGUCUAUCUUGUUCUGGAGUAUGCAUUUUAUGGACAAAUGUACACACAUUUACAAAGAGAAAAGCGUUUUAGUGAACGAAAAUCGGCAACAUACAUAUAUCAGUUAUGCGAUGCUCUUAAGUACUGUCACGCUCGACAUGUCAUUCAUCGUGAUAUUAAACCUGAAAAUUUACUUAUUGGGUUCUAUAAUGAGCUUAAACUCGCAGACUUUGGCUGGUCGGUGCACGCUCCUUCAUUACGACGCAAAACAAUGUGCGGCACGGUGGAUUAUCUCCCACCCGAAAUGAUUCUGGGUUACUCUCAUAAUGAAAGGGUUGACCACUGGGCCGUGGGCGUUCUAUGUUAUGAAAUGCUAUACGGUGAUCCUCCCUUCAUACACGAGAAUACAAAAGGAACGUAUGCUCGAAUAAAGGAAGUUAAAUACAGAUUCCCCUCCAUAAUCACCCCACUUGCUCGUGAUCUGAUUUCGAAGAUACUUGUUCUAAACCCUGCUCGACGCCUGGAUUUAGAUUCGAUAAUGCAUCAUCCAUGGGUGGAGAAAUAUGCCGAAAAAGAAAUUCCUCGAAUUUAA